AUGUCUCGCUUCCCGCCAACCCCACGUGAGCAACUAUCCGCACCCCAACAAGAAGCAUACGAUGAGCUCUCUUCAUCUUCAGAAAAGAUGUUCGGCAACAAAUUCUCCUUCAAAAACAAAGACGGCGGAAUGGUUGGCCCUUACCCAUUCUUGCUCGAAGCCCUAGGUCCUGGAGUCGACUUUCUCUCGCUCGUGCAAUCACUCGGCAAAUUACCAGGGCUGUCCGUCGAAGCACGCGAAACUACUAUAUUGGCGGUGGGAGCUCACUUCCAAGCUGGUUAUGAGAUGUAUGCGCACAGUGCCAUAGCUGGGCAGGCCACUAAACUCAGCCAGGAAGCUAUAAGCUCGAUUUGCAAAGGCGAGAAGCUGAAGGAUCUGGACGAGGACUGUGCGGCUGCUUACGAUGUGGCCAAGUAUCUCGCCAGCAAGCCGGGUGCUUUGCCUCAAGUACUGUGGGAGAGGUCGGUGAAGGCAUUGGGUAGAGAGGGUACGGUUGCAUUGGUGCAUUACGUGGGGCUGUAUGCGUACACAUGCAUCGUCUUGAACGCUAUGGAUGCGCCUGUACCAAAAGACGGGGAGUGA